GCACAAACUGGCUAAGCCAAAUCUUAACUGACCUGAUAGCCAUAUCUCAAAAGAAAACACCAGGUAGUGAAAGCAGUGUGAAUGCUGAAGAACCAGAAGAAUUCCCCUACCUUGAAGCUGGAGAUGCUGAAAAAUAUGAGCGAAUGACCAAAUUACUUUCUCCAAGAUUUAUGGUUACUAAUCUCCAUCCUGAAAAUCUUCCCCAAGCUAUCUUCAAAAACAACGUAAAGAUAUUGUUACUGAUUCGUAAUCCAAAAGAUGUAGCUACAUCUUAUUACCAUUUUUCCAAUGGCGUGACUACUGUUCCAUCCUAUGAGACCUGGGAUGAUUUCUUCACAGAUUUCAUGACAAAGAAAACGGCCUGGGGAUGCUACCUUGAAUACCUUUCUGAAUGGAACAAAUAUGCUGACAAAGAAAAUAUUAUGACAAUAACUUAUGAAGAGGUAAAAGAGAAUCCUGCCCUGAGUGUGAAAAAUAUAGCUACAUUCUUUGGAAUUGCUCUGACUGAGGAAGAGCUCCAGCUGGUGGUAGAGAGGAGCAGCUUCCAGUCUAUGAAGAAAAACUCAGACAAGACCCAUGGGUCACUUGGCAAGGUUCUCUUUCGCAAAGGUGGUGUAAGUGACUGGAAGAAUCUUUUCAGUGAAGAUCAGAAUGAGAAAAUGGACAAAGCAUUUGAAGAACAUAUAGCAGGAACGACACUCGGGAAAAAGCUGAAGUAUGACUUAUACUGCAAAGUCUGAAGAGAAAUGAAAUGUGGUUACAUGUUAUGAGAGCAAGAACUGUGCAAGGCAGACUCAGAUCAUCUGAAUGCUAUACACUGGAAAACUAGAUCAAAUGAUCCAAGCACCUUAGAAUUACUGUAAGAGUCAUUGCAGCAGCCUUUACAAUUACCCUGAUGAGUAGUGGCCUUUUGUUUACUGGUGAGAACUUUGGCUACACUCAUUUGCUGAAGAUGUCAACUAAUCAUAUGUAGAAAAACUCAACAGCCCUGUUCCAGCUCUUCUAGAUUAUUUUUAAUUUUUUAGUAUGCAGAUUAUUUUUUCUUCAAAAAUGUUUGAAAUCAGGCAACAUCUUUACAGAAAAUAUCACUAGCAAAAAUAGGGAUAUGACAGAAGCCUAAUGUCAAAGGAGAUC